AAGGCCGCUCGCGGCGUGGCACGAUUACGUAAUUCGCUCAAUAACUUCCGCGAAAUUAUUUUUGCCAAAUAAUUCGAUCAUUCACACUACGCUACGUCACAACUGGCUAGUGCGUAAAAGAAAAUUGUUAACGAUAAUCAUGCGACGUCUAGUCAGUUAUCUGUUCUCAAUGUCUCGGUCGUGCCGUGAAAUGAUUUAACUCGUAUUUACUUUAUCUUAUGUGUAAAGGUGACAUAGCUUUAAUUCUCUUUAUCGGGCGUGUAUUUAAAAGUAAUAGAAUGUUUCGCGAGCUACAUUCUCGCUGUUAACUCAUUACGAAUACUGCCAUAGUGUAAUUUAUUUAUUUAUAUUAUAAACAAUGGACUUCAUUAUCGGAGGUUUGGCUGGAGUCGGAGCCACAAUUAUAACAAAUCCAAUGGACGUAGUGAAAACUCGCCUACAGCUACAGGGCGAAUUGAAAGCGAAGACCGAACAGUCCACCAGAUAUAGGGGGAUCUUCCAUGCGUUAUACGUGAUCGCUAGGGCCGACGGUGCUUUGGCGCUGCAGAAGGGCCUGGCUCCAGCAAUGCUGCUCGGUUUCACCAUGAACUCCGUAAGACUAGGUAUGUACCACGUUGCCGAGGUGCAGGGCUGGACUAAGACAAAAGACGGCGAAAUAAGUGUCAACAGAGCGAUAUUCUGGUCGAGCGCGAGCGGCGUGCUGAGUGGGGUGGCUGCUAAUCCAACCUUCGUUCUGAAGACCAGGAUACAAGCCGUGGCUCACCCUAGCAUCGCAGUGGGCAGGCAACACAGUUACAAAGGAAUGUUCGACGGCAUAGCCACGAUAUACAGAAACGAGGGCAUGCGAGGGUUCUUCGCUGGAGUCUCAGCCACAUGCACCAGACUCGCGAUCGGCAGCGCGGCUCAAUUGACGACUUUCUCAACAGUAAAAGAAGAACUUCGUUCGCGCGGUUACUGGGAGAAUUCGCCGACGAUGUUAGCGUUCGUGGCCAGUUUGUUUAGCAGUGUGUUGUGUGUGGUUUUCGAAACACCACUAGAUGUCGUCAACACGAGGCUUUACAACCAGGGUUCGGGUUCCCACGGCGCAGUCCUAUACACGGGCAUCCUGGACUGCAUUACAAAAAUAUACAAGACAGAAGGCUUCCAUGGGCUCUACAAGGGCUUGGGACCGCUGUACCUCAGGAUAGCACCGCACACGACCCUGUCACUAGUUAUAUGGGACAUUUUGAACAAUAUGCUGAUACACAAGAAGCUUUAACAUU